UGCCUCACAGCCCCAGGGAUCCGGUUUCAAUCCUGAACUUCAGGUGCUAUCAAUGUGGAGUUUACAUGUUCUCCCUGUGACCAUCACCCAGUAAAACCCAUAUUAUAGCAACUCUACAAAGGGGCCCUGCGUUGAAGUAGAGAAUAAAAUGGGUUGUUUUCUCUGGAGUGUUGGAGGCUGAGGGGAGACCUGACAGAGGAUCCUGAGCAGUGACAGCGAUGUAUGGAGGUUAUGACUAUCAACACAUUCCUUCGUAUGAUGAGAACCAUUCCUUCGUCAAUGGGCUUCCGCCCGAGAAACCUCCAUUCCAAAAAGCCCAAAGUACUUCCAACAGACCAAGUGCAAAGGCCAUUUACCAGCAAAGAAAAGCCUAUGCGAAGAAGCUUAACUCCACAGAUAACCUAAUCCAGCACCGUGUUGAGCACCUGAAUACCUGGGACCAUAACUUGAAUGACACGGUAACGGUGGAACAUUGCAUCCAGCAGCUUAGGAAACUUCAUGCUGAGGGGAAAAUCUGGGGUCAAGACAUGUUCCUGCAGCUGAGUGACACUUCCUUCAGAUUGGCUGACCUCGAGACGAAGGAUGAGCUGGAGAACUUUCCCAUUGAUACCAUUCAGGACAGCAGGGCAGUAAUGAAUAGAUGUAUCUACAACUCUAUUCUGGCAGUCACCAUCAGCAGAAGGCACAUAAUGAAGACCAGUACCUUCUUGUUCCAGUGCGAGGAGGUCUCUGCCGAUAUCAUUCAGCAUGACGUGGAGAAAAUGAUCAGAAGAAAGAAGGAAAGAGGAAAAGGGGACAUGCAGAGAAACACUCCAGGAAACAUGAUCUCUCAGCACUCUCAGCCACCUUAUAAGAAAUCUCCAGCGCCACCGCCCCUUCGACAAGGAUCAGCCCUACCAAACUAUGAUAAUAAUGUAGGGCCUGCAAUGUCAGAGAAUGGAAGCUGGACUUCGUCUGAGACCUAUACAGAUUCAACAAUCAGCAAUGAUCUGGCAGCUUCGGAAUCAGAAAGAAAUAAGGAAAUCCUCAAUCAUGUCAUAGAUGACAUUGAGCUCUUUCUGGAUAAGAUUGAAAGUGCCAUUGACUCCAAUCCUCAGCUGAAGAAGAAGAAGAAACCCGGAAAGUUUAAAGAUAUAUUGCCUCCAGAGUCAGACUACAGGGAUUGCCUGCAGAAGAUAAAAUAUGCCUUUAAUUUGCUAAGCCAGCUGGAGUUCCAACUUGACAAACCAAGUGCCUCAGACUUCGUUCACAGCAUGUUCCAGAGUCUUGACUUGAUCCUGGAAAACCUCCCGAAGAAAAAUCUAGCAAAGGAUGUGACUGUCCCCUUACUGAUGGCAAGUUCCAUAAAAUUCUUGACUUCAUGCACAAGUACAGAAGAGAAAAAGAUCUGGAAUAGUCUGGGAGAUGCAUGGCAUGUUCCAAGAUCAGAGUGGCCAAAUAAUGAAAGUUUGGGAAAAUACGAUCCUACAUUUUCAGAUGGUUGGGUUCUUCCUCCACGGCCUUUGCAACAACAUCCACCUCCUCCCAAUCAAUACAUGAGUAAUGGAGCAGAGCGUCCAACAAAGCAGGUGGGAAAUGGCACUUGGCAAGAUAGAAACCCAUUUGAGAGGUCCCAGAAGUUUGCCAAGGCAAUCUACGAUUUCACGAAAAGGAAUCCCCAGGAGCUCACAGUGAGAGCAGACGAUGUUCUCGAGGUGCUGGAGACUUCAAAGCAAUGGUGGAAAGUGAAGGACAGGAAUGGUUUUGUUGGUCACAUCCCCCACAACAUCCUGCAGUAUAUGGAUCAGGAGGAAAGAGUUUCCUUGGAUGUUGACAACAAUCGUGGUAUCCCAUACCUCCCCAAGGCUCACUCUUCUCAGCUGACAAUGCACUCCACGCCUAGUGAGGUGACAGCGUGGCUCCAGGACAAAGGCUUUUCCAGCAGUACUGUGAGGUCUUUGGGGAUUCUCACUGGUUCACAGUUACUGAGUCUAUCUGAGAGAGAAUUGAAGAUGGUUAGUGAGAAUGAAGGACAUAUUGUCCACGAUCAGAUUCAAAGGAGUCAGCUACCCACCCAUGCAUGGAAGACAAAUUAUUAGAGAUUAUUAGAAGAAUGAAAUCUGCACAAGAAAACCUAUUUAAGGACAACAUUGUGGACAUAGUGACUUGGACAACCCUGUUUAGAUUCAUAUCUCAGCACUUAUCUAUAAACUUUCUUUAAAAAAUAGACAGGAUUAGUAUGUUGAGCAUCCUUUUAAAAUCGAUACAUAUGAACAGGUGUCUGUAUCUGUAACUGAAUUUAUGUUUGAAGUUUCCAAUCCAACACUCCAUGUUUCUAGCCAAAGAAAUUAGUUUACAGUUAAAAGUGUUUAAUGUUCUAUAUCAUGUUCAUUGAAAAAAAAUCUAAUGGCACUUAAAUUGAAAGCUGACUAUUGGCAACGAAUCUUGGCAGUAAACCAGUAAUUAAGAGUAUAAGCCGUUGAGAUGAAGGGAGUGGAAGUAAGCUUGUGUGGUGUAACCACUGGCAGAAAGCAUGAACCUGCGGUUAUAAAGCACUUUUCAUAACUUCAUAACAUCUGAAUGCACUUCAAAGCAAAUGGAAUGCUUUGGAAAUGUCGUAACGGCUGAGGUUCACACAGCAACAUCCCACAAGUAGUAACAUAAUAAGUUUGCUAGCUGAGUGAUAAACACUGGCAUAUAACAGUCGGGCUGAAUGGCCAGUGCUGUGCUGAGAAUUCCAUAUAAUUCUGUGCAAUAAGGAACAAGUGUAUGGUUUCAUUGCAAAACACAUGAGGAAUCUCACACAGAGACCCUUUAUUUUGCAAUCUUUGACAUGUUAUAUAAUAUAUUUUGUUCUCAUGUAACGAUUCUAAAUA